CGCGACUGGACGUGGCCCUGGCUGUCAGGGCUGGGUGAAAAGCAGCACUCCGUUGCCCUGCAGGCGGCACACGACAGCCACCGAGCGUGGCGCCGGCAGUGACACGGCCCGGCCCCGCCGCGUGUGGGGAGAGCGCUGGCCACGCCCCUCUCCCCGUCGGCCACGCCCCCUCCCUCGCGCGGACCCCGCUUCGAAACCGCCCCCCGCCGGCUGCGGCUCCGCCCCCAAGCGCCCCGCGCAGCUCCCAUUGGCCGGCGGCGUCGCCUCGCGCCCGCCGCGGCCUGCCAUUGGCUGCGGGCGGCGCUGUUGUUGUUAUUGCUGUUAGCGCUGUAAACAGGAGCGCAGUCGGCUGUGGGCGCUGGGCGCGUCGCGUCGUCUCACAGCAACACACGCCUCUCGCCCGUCGUCUACUUUCACCUCCCCGUGUCACCUCUUGUCCCCCGCCACUUUCCGGAGCUCCCUCCCUGCGCGGGCCAUGUCCCUGCGCGGGCUGCCCGUGCCGCUGGCGGCCGUGUCGCCGCUGUCCUCGGCGGGCACGGCUGAGGGCCGGGACAGCUUCCAGAAAAGCAUCGCGGAGUUUGGGAGAGCUCUCAAAGACAGGAAGCUCCUUCGCCGGAGGAUCGGCUCCUUGCCGGUGAGUGCUGGAGCCUGUGCAGGGUCCUGCCGAGUCUCGGGCCGUGCCGGGACGGGGAGAAUGGAGCCAAGAGAGGGGACGAGGCUGUGCAGCACCGCUCACCCCCUGGCUAUCCCGCAGCAGUGCCAGCUGGAAGCCAGCCCCGUCCUGCAGGACAUCUCCCAGCUCCAGGUGCGCAGGGACAGAAGGCGGCAGCGCCAGAGCGAGGAUGAGGAGGGCUUUGUCCCCAGGAAGCUGCAGAGGCUGGGCCAGCGGAGCCGCGGGGCUGCCAGGAGGGACCUCCUUGCCAAGAGCCCAUGCGGCACGCCAGAGCUGCUGUUCCCCCAGCUGCUGCCGUGGCAGGGUGAUGCCACCGCGCCCCAGGGCAUGGAGAAGCCGGUGACCACGCCAGUGAUAAAGAAGGAGGAGGCAAAGCUGGUACGUGGCCACCUCUGGCAGUGCACGGAGCCCCACGGUCCCCCCUCCAAAGGGGGGUCUGGGGCCGGAGGUCCCUGGGGCGGGGGCAGGUUGGUGAGCAGCGGCGCGGGCUCUCCCCACAGCGUCCGGGCAAGCGCGGCCAGGGCCGGCAGCUCUUCCGCUCGCCCUCGGUGCCCGGCGGUGUCCCCGGGCCCGUCCCGAAGCGGGGACUUCCCUCGGACAGGGACAGCCCUGACAGUGCCAGGCGGCAGAGGAGGGUGGCCGGCAGCCCUGAGCAGGAGGCAUCGCUGGAGCCGGUGGGUGAUGGGGAAGGUGUGGGGGGAGAGGCAGCGUGUCCCUGGCAGGACAGUGCCACAGCCCGGCUGUGCCAGAGCCCCUGCUGACACCUGCGGGUGUCUCUGGUUGGUGCCUCCGCAGGGAGUGUGGCCGGAGCCUUGCAGGAAUGCCCGGCUGGAGGAGGUCGAGAACCUGCUGGCCAGCGAUGACCAGGAGCUCAUUGGGGACUUCUCCAAGCCUCACCUCCUGCCGACGGUGGAGGGGAAGGACCCGGGCCUGAAGUACAUCUCCCCUGGCACGCUGGACAAGGUGCUGUCGAGGUGCUACAGCAGCUUCAUCGAGAGCAGCGUCGUCGUGGACUGCCGGUACCCCUACGAGUACGAGGGCGGCCACGUCAAGGGCGCCGUCAACCUGCCGCUGCAGCAGGACGUGGAGAAAUUCCUGCUGGAGCGUCCCAUCGUGCCCCAGGACACCGGCAAGAGGGUGAUCCUCAUCUUCCACUGCGAAUUCUCUGUUGAGCGGGGGCCCAGAAUGUGCAAAUUCCUGCGGGAGAAGGAUCGCUCCUGCCACGAGUACCCGCAGCUGCACUACCCCGAGCUCUACGUCUUGAAGGGGGGGUACCGCGAGUUCUUCUUCCAGUUCCCGGGCCACUGCGAGCCCCGGGACUAUCGGCCCAUGGAGCACCCCGCGUUCAAGGAGGAGCUGCGCCAGUUCCGCGGACAGAGCCGGCGCGGCCGGCGGGCGCUCUUCGUCCGCGGGCGGGACCUGUGAGCCCCUCGGGGGAACGAUGGAGCUGGGAUGGCAGCAAGGAUUCCCUUGGCUAGAGAUGCACCUCGGCUUGGGCAUAUUUAGUGAUAUUUAGUGUUAGGACUGGGUCUCUGCGUUUGUUUAUUGCUGUAAUUUUUUUUGUCUAUUAUUUUUAAUAUUUUUGUGUUUAUCGUUAUGCAUUUUUGGUGUAAUUAUUUGUUUGUUUAUUGUUAUAAAUAUUUCUGUGUUACUUGUUAUAAAUAUUUU